AUGCGUGCUGCCAGUGCUAACUUACGGGUGCGAAACGUGGAUGACUCAGAAAUCGGGCCCCCUCUCUCUGCCCUGUUCACUGAUACUGUCUGCAGCGCGGAUAACACACACAGCAUUCUCCUCAGCCUUGCAGGGAACCGCGCCAUGCUGCUCAUUCUGCUAUUCUACACGCUCCAAGACUUCCCGACUGCAAAGUGCUUCAGUGUCACCUGGAUCAAACUGCGGUCCAAGAGCAGACCGACCCUGGAAACUUAUCAAAGUGUCAGACCCGGUGGCAGCUUCGUAGGCAACGAAAUCGAGAAAUCCUGUUCCCUGAACCUCAACAACGCGCAGGUGAACGAUUCCGCGACAUACUAUUGCGCUUUUAUUAAGAGCUCACUCAUGUUCUUGGGCAAUGGAUCCACGCUAGUAGUACGAGAAGGCUCCGAUGACCGCGCUUAUAUUGAAAUCCUCACCCCUUCAGAGGGCGCAGUCCAGUCCAGCGGCGCCGCUACUUUAGUGUGUCUGGUGUUCGGGGUACCCGAGCAGGCUCGGGUCUACUGGGUCAUCGAACACGAAGUGACCGACUCCGGGUCCGGAGAUUCCAGCGACUCCACUCCGGACUUUAUCAGGAAUGAGAUCACCAUUCCGGGCGCGGUCUGGAGCAGCGGGACCGUGUGCACGUGUGUAGUGGAAACAGAGAGCGGGCGGAAUAUGAGCAAAAGCGUGAGCAAGACCGGUGAGAGAGAUCCAGAUUGCUUUCUUUAUUCGGUCUGGCGAUAUGUCUUCAUUCUUGGAGCUCUCGUUGCGAUGUGGAUACACUUUGCUGUAGUUCACUGGAACAAUAGCAAGCAAAGAGAGCGUUCUCAAGAGGAAAGAUGAAGCAAUGGAAAUGCAUUUAACCAAACAAGUCAUUUUCUUUAUUAGACUGCAAUCCUGCUUCUGGCAUUAUAUUGAACUUCACUUCCAUUCUCAAAGUAUUACAGGAGGGCAUCUAAAGGCAUUGAAGCUGCACCGGAUCAUAUUUUCAAUUGAGAUAACUAGUGCUUAAUGUAUUGUAUAUGCGCCAUAGACUUCAUUAUCUUCACAGUAAAGUACUUGGUAAUUAAGAAUCUGGAAAUGUUAUCAU